AUGAGUCAAAACCAUUUGGCGCUUAGUGCUCCACUCAUUAAUGGCGGGAUACCAUUAUUAUUAUUAUUAUUAUUAUUAUUAUUAUUAUUAUUAUUAUUAUUAUUAUUAUUAUUAUUAUUAUUAUUAUUAUUAUUAUUAUUAUUAUUAUUAUUAUUAUUAUUAUUAUUAUUAUUAUUAUUAUUAUUAUUAUUAUUAUUAUUAUUAUUAUUAUUAUUAUUAUUAUUAUUAUUAUUAUUAUUAUUAUUAUUAUUAUUAUUAUUAUUAUUAUUAUUAUUAUUAUUAUUAUUAUUAUUAUUAUUAUUAUUAUUAUUAUUAUUAUUAUUAUUAUUAUUAUUAUUAUUAUUAUUAUUAUUAUUAUUAUUAUUAUUAUUAUUAUUAUUAUUAUUAUUAUUAUUAUUAUUAUUAUUAUUAUUAUUAUUAUUAUUAUUAUUAUUAUUAUUAUUAUUAUUAUUAUUAUUAUUAUUAUUAUUAUUAUUAUUAUUAUUAUUAUUAUUAUUAUUAUUAUUAUUAUUAUUAUUAUUAUUAUUAUUAUUAUUAUUAUUAUUAUUAUUAUUAUUAUUAUUAUUAUUAUUAUUAUUAUUAUUAUUAUUAUUAUUAUUAUUAUUAUUAUUAUUAUUAUUAUUAUUAUUAUUAUUAUUAUUAUUAUUAUUAUUAUUAUUAUUAUUAUUAUUAUUAUUAUUAUUAUUAUUAUUAUUAUUAUUAUUAUUAUUAUUAUUAUUAUUAUUAUUAUUAUUAUUAUUAUUAUUAUUAUUAUUAUUAUUAUUAUUAUUAUUAUUAUUAUUAUUAUUAUUAUUAUUAUUAUUAUUAUUAUUAUUAUUAUUAUUAUUAUUAUUAUUAUUAUUAUUAUUAUUAUUAUUAUUAUUAUUAUUAUUAUUAUUAUUAUUAUUAUUAUUAUUAUUAUUAUUAUUAUUAUUAUUAUUAUUAUUAUUAUUAUUAUUAUUAUUAUUAUUAUUAUUAUUAUUAUUAUUAUUAUUAUUAUUAUUAUUAUUAUUAUUAUUAUUAUUAUUAAUACUAUUGCUAUAA